AUGACUGCAGUACAGGCUCGAGAUAUUCCUAUUCUCGAGACUGUAGAGGACAUUCAAGCUCGUCGUGAGCAAGUUUUACGGCGAUAUGCUGACUUUAAAGACGCUACAAGAGUCAGGCGUCGACGCUUGGAGGAUGCCAAGAGGUAUUUUCAWUUCAAGCGUGAUGCUGAUGAAGUAGAAGCAUGGAUCAAUGAAAAGCUUCAGAUUGCCUGUGAUGAGAACUACAAGGAUCCCACCAACCUCCAGGACAAGCUCCAGAAGCACCAAGCCUUCGAAGCGGAAAUAUCUGCACAUAGCUAUGCCAUCACUGAACUGCAGACGACGGGAGAGGAGAUGAUCAGCGAGUCACACUAUGCCUCGGAACUCAUUCGGGAGCGUUUGGAUUCUCUCAUCAAGCUAUGGGAACUUUUGCUUUGCAAAUCUGCCGAGAAGGGACGCAUGUUGCUCUUUGCUCAGAAGCGAGUUCAUUACCUUCGGGAAGUUGAUGAGGUUAUGACCUGGAUUCAUGAAAAGGAAGCCAUUGCAACAGUUGAAGAGCUGGGAAGAGAUUUGGAGCAUGUCAUUGUCUUGCUGAAGAAGUUUGAUGACUUUUUCAAAGACUUACAAGCCAAYGAAUCCAGGAUAACAUACAUCAAUGAUCUUGCUGAUCAAUUGGCUGAGGAGGGACACCCUGACAUUGAACUCAUCAGCCUCAAACAAAGAGAAGUAAAUGAGGCAUGGGAGAAGCUCAAGAGGCUAGCACUUCUGAGAAAAGAGAAGCUUGAAAGUGCUCAAGAGAUCCACAACUUUUAUCGUGAUGCUGAUGAAACCAAGAACUGGAUCAAUGAAAAAGACAAGGUGUUGUCGUCGGAUGACUAUGGAAAAGACUUGUCUAGUGUGAAUGCUCUACUCAGGAAGCAUGAGGCAAUGGAGAGGGAUCUUGCAGCUGUGGAAGAUAAGGUGACAGCUCUCGGGCAAGAAGCUGGACGUCUCCAAGAAAUCCACCCAGAAAAUGCCGAUGAAGUAUCGGCCAAGCAUGACGAGAUUGUGUCUGCCUGGGGCAAUCUCAAAGACAAGUCUGAUGUGAGGAAGGCAAGGCUGGAAGAUUCCUAUCGUCUUCAACGAUUCAUUGGAGACUUCAGGGAUCACAUGUCAUUCAUCAAUGAAAUGAAGGUACUGAUGGUAUCAGAUGAGCUUGCUAAAGAUGUUGCUGGAGCAGAAGCACUCUUGGAGCAUCACCAAGAGCACAAGGGUUACAUUGAUGCAUCUGAAGAUGGAUUCAACAAGUUUAAUUCAGAUGGGCAAGAGUUGAUUGAGGCUGAUCAUUAUGCUAAGGAUGAAAUCAAAGAAAAGCUCACAACAAUUGAAGAAGAGAAAACUAGUCUUCUGGAACUGUGGGAGACAAGGAGAGUGCAAUUUGAGCAAUGCUUGGAGCUGCAGAUCUUCAUGAGGGACUGYGAGCAUGCUGAUAUCAUGAUGACGAAACAGGAGGCUUUCCUWGCUGAUGAAAAUCUUGGUGAUUCUCUUGAUGGAGUAGAAGCCUUGAUCAAGAAACAUGAUGACUUUGAGAACUCAUUUGGUGCUCAAGAAGAAAAAAUCAAUAGCAUCGAUGAUUUUGCAGAGCGUCUGAUAAGAGACAAGCACUAUGCCACUGAUGAAGUCAAAGAACGUCGUGAUGCCUUACUUGCCAGACGUGCGCACAUACAAGAAUUAUCUGAUGCAAGGCACUCGAAACUUGAGGAGUCUAGGAAGCUGCAACAGUUUGAGAGAGAUGCUGAAGAAGUGAAAGUCUGGAUAACUGAGAAGCUGAAGACAGCGCAGGAUGAGUCUUACAAGGAGCCUACAAACUUGCAAGGCAAAAUCCAGAAGCACCAGGCAUUUGAGGCAGAGCUGAAUGCAAACAGGAACCGUUUGGAYGCAGUUGACGCAACUGGCCAGCAUCUCAUCUCUGAAAAUCAUUAUGCCACGGAUGUCAUUCAGCAGCGACUUGAUGAACUGCACGAACUAUGGAGAUAUCUCUUUGAGUGUUCUUCAAAUAAAGACAAAAAACUCAAGGAAGCUGCCCAACAACAGCAGUUUAUCAGAGGUGCUGAGGAUGUGGAAUUAUGGUGUGCUGAGAUAGAGAGCUUACUCAAUGCCGAAGACACUGGCAAGGAUCUUACCUCRGUGCAGAAUCUUCAGAAGAAGCAUGAUAUGCUUGAGGCAGAUGUGAUCACACGUGUUGAGAAAAUUGAAGCCGUGAAUGCCCAAGCAGACUUGUUUGAAGAACUCGAUCAUUUUGAUGCUCCUAACAUCAAACAAAAGAAGGAGGUUUUGAAUGCUAGAUAUCAAGCUCUACAGGUCACUAUGCUGCGGAUCAAGUCCAGGAACAGAUGGAUAACUUGGAUCAGAAAUGGAAUGACCUAAAGGACAAGGCCAAUACCCGCAAGGGCCAUCUUGAUGACUCUCUUCAAGCCCACCAAUACCUUGCUGAUGUUGACGAAGCCCGAUCAUGGCUGCUGGAGAAGGAACCCGUGGUCACCAGCGAAGACUAUGGAAAAGAUGAAGACAGUGCUCAAGCCAUGCUGAAAAAGCAUGAAGCAAUAAUGUCAGAUCUUGAGGCUUAUGGCACAGUCAUUGAUGGAUUGAGAGAACAAAGCAAGGAGUGUAAGGAAGCCAUUGUUACUAGUGAAGAAGUUGGAAAGGAUUACGAACAUGUUGAAGCCAUGCAGAAGAAGUUCGAUGACUUCCAGAAAGACAUGGCUGCAAAUGAAGUCCGUAUCAAAGAACUGACGGUCUUGGCUGAGAGGUUGAAAGAAGAGCAUUACACAGAAUACGAAAUGAUUCAGGAAAUGAUUGAGGUUCGUCAACUGAACAUCGAAGCAGCUCGCCUCACGUCAACCCAUCCAGCCAAGUCACAGGACAUCGAAUCUAAACGAUAUGAACUCGAGGAAGCKUGGGCAAACCUCAAGGAUCAGGCCGCUGCCAGAAAAGGAAAACUGCUUGAUUCUUAUGACUACCAACGCUUCUUGAAUGAAUACAGGGACCUCAUAUCUUGGAUCAAUGGUAUCAAGGCCUUAGUAUCAUCAGACGAGCUGGCUAAAGAUGUGGCCAGUGCUGAAGCCUUGAUCGACAGACACAGGGAGUACCGUGCUGAGAUCGAUGCACGUGACAGCACCUUUCAAGCCUUUGAUGAGUUUGGUCGUGAGCUGCUUGAGAAAGAGCACUACGCUAGCCCUGACAUCCAGGAGAAGCUAGAGAGUCUUGCUGAAGAACGAGAGGAACUUGAAAGAGCUUGGUUGGCAAGAAAACAGAGACUUGAUGAAUGUCUGGAAUUGCAGCUGUUUAAUCGCUCAGCCGAGCAGCUCGAAGCAUGGAUGGCAACACGUGAAGCAAUGAUCGAGAAGGAAGAAGACACGGAAGGAGAAGGUGCCGAUGCCUUAAUCAAGAAACACGAGGACUUCACACGUGCCUUGAAAAUCCAAGAAGAAAAGGUGGCCAACCUGAAGGCCAAUGCUGACAGGCUUAUUAAUGAUGACCAUUAUGACUCUCCCGCUAUUGCUGAGAGGAUUGCUGCUGUACUUGCUCGGUGGGCUACACUGAAACAAGCACUGGUCGAACGUCGAUCCAAACUYGGAGAGUCCAAGACAAUCCAGCAGUUCAGUCGCGAUGCUGAAGAUAUUGAGUCUUGGAUAAGUGAGAAGCUGCAGACAGUCUUGGAUGAGUCGUACAAGGACCCUACCAACCUACAGUCGAAGUUCCAAAAACAUCAAGCAUUCGAGGCUGAAAUUGAGGCCAACAAGGAUAGAGUGUUUGAGACCAUUAAUCUGGGUGAAGGUUUGAUUGAACAGAAGAAGUGUGCAGGCAGUGAGCAUGUUGUGCGUGAACGAAUCAUUAAACUCGAACAGCAAUGGGAACAAUUGGUAACAAUUUCCAAAAAGAAGACGCUGUACCUGAAGGAAGCCAAUCAACAACAGCAGUUCAACAACAACAUCAAGGAUUUGGACUACUGGUUAGGCGAGGUAGAGAGUUCACUGUCUUCUGAUGAUUAUGGCCGUGACUUGGCCAGCGUGCAGAACCUGACMAAGAAACACCAACUUGUUGAGGCCGAUAUUGCAGCACACGAGGACCGUAUCACCCAACUCGAAGCUCAGACUCAACACUUCGCAGAAGAAGGUCACUUYGAUGCUGAUGCUUUGCAAGAAAAAUCCAAAGUCAUCACUGAACGUUACGACAAGGUCAAAGAUCUUGCUACGGACAGAAGAGACAAACUUCAAGAAUCAAAUGCUCUKCACCAGUUCUACCGCAACGUUGAUGACGAGGAGUCCUGGAUCAAAGAGAAGAAGCUACUGACGAGCUCGGAAGACUACGGCAAGGAUUUGAGUGGUGUUGAGAACUUGAGAAAGAAGCACCAACGUCUAGAAGCUGAGAUCCAAAACCAUAAGUCUAGAGUCGUGGUUGUGAUUAACUGCGGUGAAAAGUUCAUCGAAGAAGGUCACAGCAACUCUGAUGAGAUCAAAGCGCGUGUAGAUGGACUACAAGAAAAAUGGAACGAACUGGAAUCUCUUGCUGAUGAAAGGCAACACAAGCUUGACGAUUCACUGGCUUACCAACAGUUCAGUGCCAACGUUGAUGAAGAAGUUUCCUGGAUUAACGAGAAGAACACKUUAGUUGGUAGUGAUGACUACGGCGACACACUCGCCGCGGUGCAGGGACUGCUCAAAAAGCACGAAGCUUUUGAGACUGAUCUUGAAGUGCACAGGGAUCGCGUGGCGGACAUCGAGAACUCUGGCAAGAAACUCAUCGAUGAUGGCAAUCAUCAGUCAGAACUCAUUGAGCAUAGAAUUUCUUCCAUCCAGAACAAGCUUGUCGAGCUGGAGCGUAUGGCGUCCUACAGGAAAACAAAACUGAACGACAACUCCGCGUUCUUGCAGUUCAACUGGAAGGCCGAUGUGGUGGAAUCAUGGAUCGGUGAUAAGGAAGGUAUUGCGCAAUCUGAAGAUAUUGGACGCGACUUGUCAUCAGUACAGACCUUGAUCACUAAGCAAGAAACAUUCGAAGCUGGUCUCCAGGCAUUCGAGAAUGAAGGCAUUGCACGUGUGACGGCUCUGAAGGACGAGUUAGUGGCAUCGCAGCACGAACAAUCCCCAGCCAUCAUCAAGCGACACGACGAUCUAAUCAAGAGAUGGCAGGAGCUUCUGGAUGCAUCUCAAGCUCGCAAACAACGUUUGCUUCAGUCUCAAGAACAAUACAAGAAGGUUGAGGACUUGUUCCUUCUGUUCGCCAAGAAAGCGUCUGCUUUCAACAGCUGGUUUGAGAACGCUGAAGAGGAUCUUACUGAUCCUGUGCGCUGCAACUCUGUGGAGGAGAUUAAUGCCCUGCAAGACGCUCACACCCAGUUCAGAGAGACCUUGGAUCAAGCUGAAGAAGAUAUGUACGCUUUGAGGAAACUGGACAGGCAGAUCAAGAGCUACAAAGUGUCUAUUAACCCGUACACCUGGUUUACGAUGGAGGCACUAGAAGACACCUGGGAAAACCUUCAGAAGAUUAUCGAGGAACGUGAAGAAGAUUUGCGUAAAGAAGCACAGCGUCAAGAAUACAAUGAUGGGCUGCGGCAAGAGUUUGCUCGCCAAGCUAAUGGCUUCCACGCCUGGCUCACUGAAACAAGGGCAUUCAUGGUGGACGGACAGGGAGAUCUUGAAGAUCAGCUGGCUGACAUCUUGAAGAAGGAAGCUGAAAUAGCAGAAAGCAAGGGAGAUCUUGAGGUUAUUGAAGGACUUGGUGCUCAGAUGGAGGAAGCCCUUAUCUUAGACAACAGGUAUACCGAGCAUAGCACCGUGGAUCUUGCUCAGCAAUGGGACCAAUUGGAUCAGCUGGCCAUGCGUAUGAAGCACAACCUGGAACAGCAGAUCCAGGCCCGUAAGACGACUGGGGUAUCAGAAGACAGUCUCAAGGAGUUCACCAUCAUGUUCAGGCAUUUCGACAAGGACAAGACAGGAUACUUGGACUACCAGGAAUUCAAGUCUUGUCUGCGUUCACUGGGAUAUGACUUGCCUGUUGUGGAAGAAGGCGAAAGUGAUCCAGAGUUUGAUGCCAUCAUCAGACGCGUCGAUCCUAAUGGUGAUGGCGUCGUUUCCAUGGGUGAAUACAUGGCUUUCAUGAUCAGCCGAGAAACAGAGAAUGUUGGCUCCAGCCAGGAAGUCGAGAACGCGUUUAUGGCGCUGACUGAGGGAGGAAAGAGGAAAUACGUCACUGAAUCUGACCUUUAUCAGUCUCUAACAAAGGAACAGGCCGAGUACUGCAUCGAUCGUAUGCAACCAUACGUAGACGACAAAGGACGUGAAAUCCCUGGUGCUUACGACUACAAGUCCUUCUGCUCCGCCUUGUUCUCCAACUACUAAACGUGUAUCUCUAAAAGAAAUCCUCUGCAAUCCUGCUGUAGUUUUUAAUUUUUAUUUGACGUUAAUGGUGUUUGUUAAAUUUGCUAUUUUGGUUUUAAGCUAUGUAGAGUAAAAUAAAUUAAAAUAAGAGUGGAAUUAGGUAAACUAACUGGAUAAACCUGUUUUUUCCAAAGAAAAAUUUUUUUUUGUUGCUUUACUUUUGAUAAUCUGUCACAGUUUAAGCACGAUAGACCAAUGCAUAAAUAAAACACGUCAGAAGCCUA